UAUAAAAGUCAAUCUGUGUCGCCUCCUCUUCCUAUCUGCCAUCCAUGGGAGUUCUCUUAAGGACCUUUUUCCAUAUCACAAUCCUCAUCGCCAUUUAUUUGUUCCUUGCACCGCACGGAGGCCAUGCCUUGAAGCUGCCGUUUCGGCCCACUGAUAUUGUUCCGCUGUUGCCACAGCAGCUCUCAUGGCCUAUCAUCAACUCUUUGCACAGUGCAGCGGACCUCUUGCCCGCCUUUGUGGGCGCUGCUUCCGCCUCAAACACCACCAAUAUUGAGUGGAAAGGGACCUGCUUUUACCAGAACUCUGCUUGGUUGGAGCUCCACAACAAAAGUGGCACUCCAUUUGGUGGAGGCACUCUUCACAUCAAGGUAAGCAAUGCACACAGCUGGACUUGUAUGGAUAUUUACAUCUUUGCCACCCCGUAUCGUGUGACAUGGGAUUACUACUUCUUAUCUCGUGAACAUACCCUUGAAUUCGAUGAAUGGGUUUCAAAAGCUGAGUUAGAAUACGUAAAGAAUUCUGGGGUUUCAAUUUUUCUGAUGCAAGCAGGAAUGUUAGGAACCCUUAGUGCGCUAUGGGAAGUCUUUCCUUUGUUCACAAACACUGGAUGGGGUGAGAGUUCAAAUCUUAAUUUUCUCAAGAAACAUAUGAAGGCUUCAUUUGAGGAGCGUCCUCAGCCGUGGGUAACAAAUAUUACUACUGAUGAUAUACAUUCUGGAGAUUUUCUGGCAAUAUCAAAAAUUAGAGGCCGCUGGGGUGGUUUUGAGACUUUGGAGAAGUGGGUAACAGGUUCUUAUGCUGGUCAUACUGCUGUUUGCUUGAGGGACGCCCAAGGAAAUCUAUGGGUCGGAGAAUCUGGACAUGAUAAUGAUGAGGGAGAAGAUGUUAUUGCUAUCUUGCCUUGGGAUGAAUGGUGGGAGUUUGAGUUGACGAAAGAUGACUCCAAUCCACAUAUUGCAUUGCUUCCUCUGCGUCCAGACCUCCGGGCCAAGUUUAAUGAGACUGCUGCAUGGGAAUAUGCUAAAAGCAUGAAUGGAUUACCUUAUGGUUAUCACAACUUAAUAUUUAGCUGGAUAGACACGAUAGAUGAAAAUUUCCCUCCACCCUUGGAUGCUCAUCUGGUUGCUUCUGCCAUGACAGUUUGGAAUCAAGUACAGCCUGCAUAUGCCGCUAACCUGUGGAAUGAAGCCUUAAACAAGCGGCUUGGAACUGAGGGGCUUGAUCUUCCUGAAAUUCUUGUGGAAGUUGAACGGCGUGGAUCAUCUUUUGCAGAACUAUUGACUAUCCCGGAGCAGGAUGGUUGGGUUUACGCAGAUGGGAAGUCUACAUCAUGUGUUGCUUUUGUUCUUGAAAUGUACAAGGAAGCGGGACUGUUUGGUCCACUUGCAAGCUCCAUUGAAGUUACAGAGUUUACGAUUAAAGAUGCGUACUCGUUGAACUUUUUCGAGAACGAUACAAGCCGCUUACCAAAGUGGUGCAAUGAUGGGGACACAGUGGAACUUCCCUUCUGUCAAAUUCGAGGAAAGUACAGGAUGGAAUUGCCGGGUUACAAUAGCAUGGAACCAUACGCUCACAUGAACGAAAGGUGCCCGUCUAUGCCCCCAGAAUAUUACCGCCCAGAAGGUUGCUAAAUGCUAAUGCUAAUCAACACUUUUGUUUAAUUUGCUUCCAAUGUAUUAUGUAUAUAUAUAUUGCUGGAAGCUGGAUUCAUUCUUUCAUGUUUUCUGUUCUGUUCUCUUCUUAUGUAAUGCUUACUGUAAUUGACCUUCAGGUUAGUACACAGAAUUGUGAAGAUCAGAAUGUAAUUACGCUAAUCUUCAUGUAUGUUUAUACAGGAAAAUGCAAUAUAGAAUUAAUUAGAAUGUGUUGUGAUUAUUA